AUGGCCAAAACGAAGAAAGUUACCAUGGUUGAGAAUGCGCUGAAACGUGCAGCUCCCCCCAGCUCAGCAGCGGCAACAUCAGCAGAUCCAGCCCCCAAACGGAUGCGCAAGAAGACUAGCCCUUCUACAUCGGAUCCUCCCUCUGCAGCUCCUGGUUCGACCGAGCCCCCAGAAUGUGAAAUCACUUGGAACAAUUUUGAGUUGAUUCAGCGACACUAUGGUCUGUCUUUUGCUGAAACUUCGGGUGUUUUGCUUUCAGUGAUCGGUCCCGACACCAGUGGGUCCCGGUGGUGGGAAGACUACCAGAAACGUUGUAGACGUGAGGCGUUUGUUAAGAAGUUGGAAGCAUCAGAGAAGGAAGCACAGGAAAACCCACCCCCAGCAGCUCCCGCAGCUCCCGCAGCCCCCGCAGCUUCGCAGAACCUGACAACCAGCUUGGUGACCCAACUCUUUACCCAGAGAGUUUCCGAAGAGGAGGGUGAGGAGGGGGAUCCCGAGAUGGAAGUUGAUGAUGAUCCCAACCUUGAUGGAAGUGACCAGGAACCUGUGGAUGUCUUCGCCACAACCCAUAGUGCAAGUGAUGACGGAGACUCUCCCCAGCCUGGUGUUUCGGUUGACCAACAGGAAACCCAGGAGAUGAUGGUGGAACCCCCCGAGGCCGUGGAACCUGUGGUGGAACCUUGCCACGUUGAUGACCCAGCACAGCUUGCAAAGGAGCAGCUUGAGAAAGUGUUGAAAGCAAAACCUACCCCAGGCCGAUCUGGCCGCAAGGUUGUUCAUGCCGAGCGUGUCGAAGAACCACUGGUUGAGAACAAUCGUGCUGAGUUGAAGUCUUGCUCUACGCUGCAGCUGGGGCAACAGAAGUUGUCGCGGCAAGCAUCUACAUUGGAUAUUUCGGCCAAGGACAAGGAGUCUGAUAUUGACACGGAGCUGGGCCCAUCGGCUUCUGAAGCUCAUCGCCCUGGCGAAGAUCAGUUGGAAGAUUUUGUGAAGUCAUUGUCCCAUAUCCAGCAUGUCCUUGGUGAUCCUUCCAUGCGCAGUGUGGUUGGUGUGCUAGCCCCGCAGUUGCUCUCUAUGUUUCCUGUGUGUGGAGGUGGGGUGUGUGAAGAGGUGGAGAAGGCUCGGGAUGGUGCCCCAUCGGGAUCAAGACCUGGCCGUGUGUCUGUGGGAUCUGCAGUACCUACUCACCCCUCUGUGCCCAAGGAACCUGUCAAGUCAAAGCCUGCCGUGAAGCCUGAGGUAUCCGAGAACCGGAAGCCUGCUCCUGUGAAGCCUGAGGUAUCCGAGAACCGGAAGCCUGAUCCUGUGAAGCCUGAGGUAUCCGAGAACCGGAAGCCUGAUCCUGUGAAGCCUGAGGUAUCUGAGAACCGGAAGCCUGCUAAGGUGACCUUCACUCCUGAUCCCAAACCCAUGGCUGAUCCCAACAGUAGCACCCACAGGGCUGCUUACGCACGCUUGGUUCGAAAGAUGGAAAAGGUUGAGGUUGCCAAGUUCCCGAAUGUUCACCGGCUUUGGAGUGGAGGGAGGAAAGAAAAGCAAGAACUCUUGAGGGAGUUUGUGGAGAACCAUGAAAAUCUCAAAGCAGUUGAGACGCAUCUUACCGUGACCCGUGAAGAAUCCGGAACCGUGGAACACCAUGCACCUGAAGACCCGGAAUCUGUUCGAUUUUGGGCGACUGUUGGGGGAUCCAGUGCACAACGUGAAUCUACUACCAUCAGUGCGACGGCCUCUGCGCGCAUUGAGACGAGUGGUGAUUGCUUGGCAUCUAUGGUGGGUGGCGGUCUUGAUGUGGAUGCUGCUAGCAAUGGUGCUGGUGGCCGGUGUGGCAAUGGUCCUACGCUCAAAGCUUUGGUUGAUGUUGCCAAUGCUGCCCCCAGUGAGGACAACCCUUUGCGUGGCCCGCUUUUGUCCAAGAAGCAGGAUUUGGAGAAACAUUUGGAUGAGGCGAAGGAUGUUGCGGACGAUGAUCUGGACACUUUUGCGGCCACGUGUGCUGAUCUGGUGAAGGCUGCUCGCUUGGUCCGGGCUCAGGCUCGUGCUGUCGCAGCUGAGCUGAAGAAGGAUGAGAAGGCUUCAACUUUGGUGUCUGAAGGGUACCUAGCUGCAUUAGUUCGAGAUCUUCGUGAUCUUCCUGCGUACUGGGAGGGCAUGCUGAAGGAUUUCCCUGGCCACCCUGCAAAGGACAAUGUUGGGCGCUUGCGGCUGUACGUGCUGGGUUACAGAGGUGACUGGAAAGCGCUUGUUGCUCUCUUUAACAUGAAGCGCAACUACUCGGUGAACGAGGUAUGUUGGCUGUGCCAAGCGACCAAAGGUCAAGACGACGACUUGAGUUGCUGUAUGACUGAUGUGUCUCCUACUGCAGGUUGGUGGCAAACGUUUCUGAGAGAAGUGCCAUGGGAUAGCCCACCUAGCUAUUCCAACAUCACAGGUUUUGAGAUUGGCAUGGUGGUUCCUGACCUCUUGCACUGCUGGAAUCUUGGCUUGGCGCGCGAUUUGCUGGGAAGCGCGUUGAAAUUGAUACUGUCAGAGCGGCUGGUGUUUAAUGCACCUUGCAUAGCAGAUCGCUUGAAACUGGCAUCGGAAUCCUUAAGGGCCUUUGCAAAACAAAAACGAUACCCUCUACGCAUCAAGAAACUUACCAAGUCCAAGUUGUGCUGGCAGACUCGAAAAUACCCAUCGCUUGCAGCAUCGGGUUAUGAUGCGUUUGUGGUGGGCGUGUGGCUGGAAGAUUUGCUGUCCAAUCACUCGCAAACUUUCCCAGAGAUUUGCACGAUGCUGUGGGCCGGCAACAGGGCCAUUUCUUUGAUGUACAGCGCCAACCUUUUCUUGAAUGAACAGGAAAAAGAAUCUUUAGCAAUUCUUGGUGACUGUUUGCUUCGCACAUACAUUUCCAUGGCAAGAAUUGCCAUGGAAAACAAUGCUUUGCUGUGGCGGGUGCGCCCCAAACUGCAUAUGAUGUGUCAUAUUUUUCGAUCACCACGGAGUAUCAACCAAAGCCGGUAUAGUACUUGGAUGGACGAGGGCUUUCUCAAGACGAUUGGGAAAACCAUGGGAUUAACAGAUUGUAGAGGAUCCCAAGUCCGAUGUCUUCAGCGUUGGCUGUUGUCGAUACCACAACACCUCCAGAAAAAUUUGGGGGAUUUGGCCUCUCAAUCUUUGACUUGCACCCUGCGGCCGACUCGCAGCUGA